AUGGGAUCAGGAAAACCUAGUGGAUUAAGGUCAGCAAGAAAACUUCGAAUAAGAAGAAGAACACAAAGAUGGGCAGACAAGGGAUACAAAAAAUCCCAUUUAGGAACUAGAUGGAAGUCUAACCCAUUUAGAGGAAGUUCUCACGCUAAGGGAAUUGUUGUUGAAAAAGUCGCUAUUGAAGCUAAACAGCCAAACUCUGCAUACAGAAAAUGUGUUAGAGUACAAUUAAUAAAAAAUGGUAAAAAAAUUACCGCUUUUGUUCCUGGAGACGGUUGUUUAAAUUUUAUUGACGAAAAUGAUGAAGUUUUAGUUUCAGGAUUUGGUAGAAGUGGGCACUCAGUUGGUGAUUUGCCUGGUGUUAAAUUCAAAGUUGUUAAAGUAGCAAGAGUAUCUUUAUUAGCUUUAUUUAAAGAAAAGAAAGAAAAACCAAGAUCAUAA